AUGAGCAACGAUGUGGUCCUCGCUGUUUUUGGUCAUCUCAAGAGAUGGUCUGCUGGAGGCGAAGCCGGUCUCCGCACCCUCAUUCUCACCCUACACUCCGAACCAAGAAGUGUUGACCGGCUCGAGUCCUGUUUUGAGACGCUUAUAAAUGCCGUUCUCAAGGCAGACUCGCCCAAGCAUCCCAUUUCUGCUUCCACUUUCGUAUCUUUCGUCAAAUCCGUUGUCGACGCACUUCCUUCCUCGUCCUCAAAUACGUCACCCAUAGCUGUCGCGUUUGGUACAUUGGUGGUAGAUACUCUUUGGUCGAUCGACUCGAACCUGGAAGAUAGGCUUUAUGAUAUCAAAGCCGUCAUUGCCAACUGCGGAGAAAGUCCAACAGGUCAAUUGGCCACGACUCUCGCGCAGGCCAAAAGGGCAAAACAAGCGGUUGAAAGCGACAAGGAAAUUAUCGUCAACGUGGUCAGGCAACUAGUGGAACUAGGCAUCGCAGCGGGACCACAAUGUGUACAAAUGCUCGACACAUCCGUUUCUUCCAGCGUCGGGUUUGUCGCGGACAAAAACUUCUUCGAUAAGAAGGAGAUCAGGACUCGUACUGGUUUAUUUUACAAGCAGAACAAGUUCAACUUGCUACGAGAACAAUCCGAGGGUUACAGCAAGCUUACGGCUGAGCUUACCAGCAGUCUUGGGCCCGCUCACUCAUCCAUUACUGGCCUACCGAUUGAAUCUUAUGAAGCCAUUCACCAAAGAGCUCGUCCUGUUUGGGAGAAGGUCAUCAGUCUUGUUGGCUACUUUGACUUAGAUCCCAACCGAGCGUUGGAUAUUAUCAUCGACGUUCUUUCGGUGCAUCUCGUCACACACCAUACUUUCUUCUUGGCUUUACUUUCGUUUUCUCCAUGGGCUGCUUCAUACCAGCGACCCAGUGACGGAGAGGGACUUAUGUCUGUUGAUAUUCCUCCGGGUGCUUUCAAAGGCAAGACUUUUGACGAAAUUCUUUCUCUGGUGGACACGCAGCCAAUUGAGUUGCAUGCCAAUGGACCGAGGGUGAUGGCGCAAGUGAUCGGGUUUAAAUUUGCCUAUUAUCAGGCCUCCGAAGCUACAGAAACAACGCCCAAGAACCUAUAUCUGACAGCUGCGAUUCUCAUCCGAGAAGGCUUCAUAACAUUGGAAGAUCUCUAUCCACAUCUUUCUCCUAAUGAUGACAACAUGGAAGAAGCUCACAAAGCCUAUCUUGCGGACGUCGACAUCAGAAUUGCGAAUAGGAAGUUGAAUGCACUGGCCAUGGCUGCUCGCCGGCGAAACCAGAUCCUUCUCCCGAGACCAAAAAAAGCAACGGAGACCAAACAAAUUGUGAACCAAAAGGCUGGGCUCUUGUCGGCGCUUUUGGCCGUUGGCGCUUUGAAGCCUGCCGUCUCUCUGAUGUCGAAAUUCCCCUGGUUUAUUGACGCACAUCCUGAGAUCGGCGAUCUCAUGUUGCGUAUUCUCAACCUUUCUAUUGGACCGCUCUACGACGCGCAUCUCGCUGUAAAGGACAGAAACCGGAGUUUUACUCAGCCUCGAGCACGAUAUGGAACCAGCAGUGUUGUACUACCCCCUCCUCGCAAACCAAUGCUCACCAUGUGGGCUCCGACGCCACCUUGCACAAGCACUCACGAUUUCGUCUUCUUCUUUCCGCAGUGGCGAGAUCGUGUGCCCAUUUGCUCCUCGCUCGAUGACCUUGUUGAUGUUAUCGAGCCCAUGGUGGCUUUCGUCGGAGUCCAUCUCUCGCGCGAUUCUCUUUUCAUGACCAAGCUAUUGAGGCUUGGCCGAUUUCAUGUCCUUUCAACGAUACCGACCGACCCUGACACGAAGCGAAUCAUUGCAGAAGCCGACCCAGAAGACCCGAUUUUGAGGUUCUGGUUUACUAUGCUUCGCAAGUUCCUACUCCCGGCAUUGUCCCUUGUCAGAGGCAACGCCAUAUGCACAGUUGAAGUCUGGAAUAUCAUGCGCCAUUUCGAAACCACAGCGCGAUGGCGACUCUACGGCGAAUGGCGAUCAACGACCUACACCUCACAUCCUGAGCUUCGUAUACGGCAGGCUCAAGUAGAGCGAGACUCGAGCGAUGUCAUGAAGCGUCUAUCACUGCAAACCUUUGACGCUUUGUCGGGCACUGUUGCGAAGCUGGCCCAUGCCAACCCCUGUCUCUUCUUCAAGGUUGCUGUUGGUCAAAUCAUGUCGUACGAUAAUAUGGCCAAUCCUCUCGUUCAAGCAUUGCGUUAUGUCACCAACAUGGGCUUCGACGUGCUUGUAUUCAUCAUACUCGACUUCCUUGCCAACCCUCAUAAGGAGCGAGUCAAGUCAGAUGGUGUCAAUAUCAGCGACUGGUUACAGAGUCUUGCUUCGUUCACAGGCAUGCUAUUCAGGCGGUACAGUGCAGACCUCACUCCGGUCUUGAAAUAUAUCGUCAAUCAGCUGCACAAUGGACAGACGAGUGAGAUUGUGGUGUUGCGUGAACUAAUCUGGAAAAUGGCUGGCAUCGAACCGCUGCCCAGUCUGUCGGAAAACCAGAUUGUUUGCAUGGGCGGUGGGCCCAUCUUACGUAUCGAGGCGAUUGCUUCCUCCACUCGCGGAGCCAGACUGGAUCCUGGUGAGGCAGUUUACAAAGGACCACAACGACUAGGCCGAACUCUACUGGAGUCCGACCUCGCUUUCCCUUUGCUUGUUCAAGUCGCACAGCAGCGUGAUUCUUGCGUCUUCAAAGCCCCAGAUGCCCACCUCAAGUCUUUGGCUAGUCUGUUUGAUGCUACACAUGGAGUUUUGCUACAAUACAUCGAACUACUCACGUCGGCUUCAGUAGUGGCUCCUCAGGACUACGCUAAUAAAGUUGUGCCUUCCCUCGGCGAUCUGGGAGAACUUUACGGAAUAUGCGCGCCAAUAUCUAUGCAUAUAGUCCGCCCUGUCCUCAACGCCAAGUUACUCAUUUCUGCGGAGUCGCAGCAAGAGCAAGAACGCAUCGCUAAUACCGAAGCCGAAAAGCGGCUUAAGGCAGCACUCACUGCCAAGAAACCACAGGCUUCGACUUCGCGCAUGGCGUCACCCGGGGCUGGCACUCCGGUUCCUGACCCAUCCACCGAAGCCAAACCUCAAGACGCCGGUCAAAAAGAAGAUGUUUCAAUGGAGAUCGCAACGGCAGUACCGGAGAGCCCUUGGCUUCCUGAGCUUGUCCCUUUGUUCGAGGAUGUUAAACGGAUUGCGCCAGCAAAUGCCUACGACAUCGUUGGCCCUGCGUUCUAUGUGUCUUUCUGGCAAAUGUCAUCAUACGACAUUGCCCCGCCAGUAACCAAAUACGAAGAGCACAACAAAAUUCUGAAAGAGCUCAGCGCCAUGGAGGACACAAAAUAUAAUCAGGCAGACCGUUCUCCAGACCGGAAUAUUCGGGUAACAGCUGCCUCCCAUCGCCAUCGGCGAGAUCGCUACAACCAAUUCCUCAAUUCUUUGGCACAAGAGCUGAAGCAACAGACGUUGUUGCGUGCUUUUACCAUCAAACGUUUGGCUCGUGAGAAGGCCCACUGGUUCGCUCAUGCGCCAAAGCCCACAGUCCUUGUGGGUGCGAUCAUCGAACACUGCAUCCAACCAAGAUGUCUCUUGUCGCCUAUGGAUGCAGACUACUGCUACCAGAUCAUUAAAAUCCUGCACGUCCUUGGCACACCCGGUUUCUAUACUCUCCAAUGCUACAAUAAGAUCCUGAGUGAACAGAUUCGGGUGGUCCUCUUCUCUUGCAGCGAAUACGAGGCUCGGAAUUAUGGUAUAUUUCUGCGCGGAGUCUUGUCCGAUAUCCACAAGUGGUAUGGCGACGAGUCGCUUUACAACGCCGACAAUCAGACAGUCACUCGAGGAACAGUCGUUUAUAACCCAGGCUUCGUUCAAAAGUGGACUGGUGAAAUCGCACCAUUGGAUCUCUUACCAUGGGACAGCGGCUUCAGAAGGAUCGUGAGAAAAUGGCACACACGAUUGGCGAAGAACAUGGCGGACUGCAUCAAGACGGGAGAGUUCAUGCGAAUCUACAAUGCCAUUGUUAUAUUGAAGGAGAUACUGAACGUCUUUCCGCUGGCCACUGUCUCAAGCGAGCCAGGUACGACGCUCAUUCAAACAAUGGAAAAGUUCUUGGAGACGGAGGAGAGGGACAACUUGAAGGUUCUAGGACGAUCCUAUCACGAUCAGCUUAAAAAGCGAGAAGCAUUGUGGUCCAAGGCUUCAGCAAAAACCUCUACAAAGGCUGCUGCAACUGAGAAGUCUAAAUCAACAACCGCUUCGAAUGCGACCGGGGGGGUCAACAUCGAGAUCGUCGACCUUGCAACACCACCUCCUGCUGCUGAGAAGCCGAUUCCAACUGCGCCUUCAACCAACUCGGCUUUCGCCAAUAUACAACGCCCGCCCGUUGUUAAACGCGUUCGUGAUGCUGCUGGGUCCAACACAGAUGAUUCCACUCCCAAGUCCACCAACUCGCGAUAUAACAGCCCCGGAGCACCAGCGAACAAUGCAAAUAAGGACGUAACAAUGGGACAAGCUAUGGCCCCGCCUGUUGCUCCUAGUCAAACCCAGUCCGCCCAAGAGUUGCGCGAAACGGCGAAGCAGACAAUGGGCAGAAAAGACGACGAGAAGGAAAAACGAUCGCAAAAUGGAUCAAGAGCAUCUUCUCCUCGGCGGAAAUCGCUGUCUCCCUCUAGCCGACCAGGGACACGCAACCAUAGCUCGGAAAGACGAGUGUCGACUACGGGUUCUGAUGAUAAGCAACACACCUCACCUUUAACGCGCCGAGACAGUCUUACCCAUCGAGCUCGGGACCGAGACGAACGCGACAAGGAUCGUCGACAUGAACGUGACAGACGUGACGAACGUGAUCGUCAUCGACGGGAUCCCCCAGCAGCGGAAGAAAAAUCACUGCCGAAUCGACCUGCAAGGACUAGUGAUGAUACUUUAGGUAAACGCCGUAGACCCACCGACGACGAGUCCGAUCGACCAGGGUCAAAACGCGCUGCUCGAAGGGACGGUCAUCGCGAUGACCGGACCCGCCGGCCCGGAGACAAGGAAGGUUAUGACAGGCAGCCUGACCGUCGAAGGAGGGACCGUGAAGGGUCCGAUAACGACUCGACAGGGGACAAACGAGGGUCAGAUGGACCAUCGUCGAAACCUUUACCUCUGUCAACACCUUCUGGACCACGUGCUAUGUCGUCGAAUGACCUUUCCAGGCCAACACCAGGCAAGAGCAAUGAGGCACGCGAACGUAUGUCCACCAGCGUGUCGGCACCCGGGUUCAACAAUAAACCGCCGUCUCCAAGAGAACAGUUCAGUCGUGACUCCCUUCAAUCACGGUUGUCAGAACCUCACCGGGGUGAUCCAAGCUCAAUGAGAAGGAAUGAUGAUAGAGACAGCAGGAAAAGAGCCACGCCUGACGGAGAAACCGAUGGUGCAACGAAUGAAGGAGCAGUCGUAGGCAAACGGCAGAGAGUGAUGCGCAGUCGAUAUGGUGCGACCCAUAGCGAGUUUGCCAAACGGACACUUCCGGUUGACCGAAAACGGGAUCCAUAA